CCUCUGUGAGAACUCUGCAUCAGUCAGGUCACACGUCUUCCUCUGUAAAGAUUACCACGCUCAGUGUUUGUGUGUUUAUGAAUGUGCGCGUCUGAUCGGCUGCUAUUGUUGUCAGGGCACUUACACCUGAAAGGCAGCUCAGAGAAGAUGUCUAAAUCUUUAAAGAACUACAUCACCAUCAAGGACUUCCUGCAGUCUUACUCUGCCAACGAGUUCCGGAUGUUUUGUCUUUUGACUAAAUACAGAUCAGCUAUAGACUACAGUGACAGCAGCAUGUUGGAGGCUCGCACCUCUCUGGGAACCAUCUCUGCCUUCAUCCAUGACGCUCAGGCCUACAUGAGGGGUCAGCUGCAGUGUUCACCUGUACAGGAAGCUCUUCUCUGGGAGAGGUUGGCUGAGACUAAAUCCGGCGUGGUGAAAGCACUGGCAGAUGACUUUGAUACCCCACGAGCCAUCAGUGCUGUGAUGAAUCUGGUUUAUCAUGGAAACUGUCAACUUCAUCCUGUUGUUAAGUGUGACGGAGCUGCUCGGAGUCCUGCAGUGUUUGCAGCAAUGGUCAGCUACAUCCGAGAUGUCUUGGAUGUGUUUGGGAUCAAUAUGCACAGUAAGGAGGCUGAUGAGGUGAGCAGUCGUGGAAGUCUGGAAGGCGUUGUGGAGCAGCUGACCCGUUUCAGGAGUGAAGUUCGAGCAUUCGCACUGACCCGUCAGGAUGGUCCAACUAAACGAGCACUUUACCCAGAGAGAAUGCCUCUCCUCAAAGCCUGUGAUGCCCUCAGGAAUGACCUGGCACCCUUGGGUGUGCUGAUAAAGGAUCGAGGAUCCACAUCGACAUGGGAGAUAACCCAGAGAGUCCAGGAUAAAGACCAGGAGGCAUCCAGCUGAGAUCCACUUUAGCCUCUGAGACUCUUUGUUUCUUUGUGGACUCAACUUCAUCAACUGAAAGACUUUAAGAGACCAAACCAUGCUGACCAACACAACAAGAGAAUAACUUACAUCAGAUGUCUGCUGCACCUGUCAUCAGUGUAUGAACUCUUUGUUUCAAAAACCAGAAGCUAGAUUAUAUAAUAAAAUAUCUAAAAUUAUAUAAUAAAAUCUGUCUAUUUAUGA